AUGAUACCACAGCAUGGCGUCUCAGCGCGCAGUAGCGUAGCACCAUACACAAUCACCACCAGUACGAAGACAGUGAAGAGCGGUACACCCAUGGAGGUUGUGAUCACAGGCAAAUCGAGCAGCGAUAUCAUGCGUGGUAUGCUGAUGCAAGCUCGCUACGGAGAUGAAAUAGUGGGCACGUUCACAUUGAACCCUAACGAGCGAUUUGCCCAACUUAUUGACUGCGGUGCACCCGGCAACGCGGUGACACACAAGAAGCAUGAUGAAGCAGACCACAAACAAACUCUCGCUGUCAAGUGGACGCCCCCUGCCGGCUUUAACGGCGAUAUUAAAUUCAGGGCCACCAUAGUACUCGACGGUAAAACUUUCUGGGUGGGUGUAGAAUCCGCACCUAUCAAAGUAGUCAGUUAA